UUUAAUGCUAGCUAGCUAGUUAGUUAUGGGAGACUCUUCUUCAUCUUCUUGUCCUGCUUCAUACAUUCAUAUGGUGCAGCAUCUGAUCGAGAAGUGUUUGAUCUUUCACAUGACCAAGGAAGAAUGCAUGGAAGCUCUCUCUAAACAUGCAAAUAUUAAUCCUAUUAUAACAUCCACCGUGUGGAAGGAGCUAGAGAAGGAAAACAAGGAAUUCUUUGAGGCUUACAUGAAGUCGAAGGCUAAAGACGACAGAAUGUCUCAGGAAGAGACAAAUCAGAUAAUACAGAAGAUGAUCUCAGAGUCAGAUUCCUCUAAAAGAUGACUAAACAGCUAUAUAGCAAAUAACACAAUGCCAUGUCAGCUAUGUAAUUUUAUCUCAGAUAGUAUAUAAUUAGUAUCAGUAUGCAUGCAUAUUAUCACAUAUAUGUGUGUAUGGGAUUAAAACCACACGUCUUUUGUGGUUGUGACUUAGUUUGGUUGUACCCAACAACAGGAAUAUAUAUUGUCUCAUUUAAAAUAUUUACAUGCAUGGCUGCAUAUUUUGUGAAAAUAAGAGACGUAGAUAUACAAAGACUAUAGUUUUGUAAUUUCAUGAUUGUUUUUUUCUAAAGGACACCUAUUUCAUAUGGUUUGUACCGAUAAUUCUAUAUCUUAAUUAACUUUUGUUAUAUCA